GCAGUAUUCGAGCGUCCACAUCGCGUGGAGCUGCGACGCCGAACAUGGCGCGUUCCUAGAAGCGGCUUUCGGCAUCAGUAGGCGGCGGCGUGGGGACUGGGAGCGUGGGGCGCCGGACCAACCGACGCCGCUUCGUGCUGGGAAGUGAAAGCGGGAGAGCCGGGCUGUUCCGGACCGAACCAACCGGUUUCCAUGGAUCUCAAUAGUGCCAGCACUGUUGUUCUUCAGGUCUUAACACAGGCCACUAGUCAAGAUACUGCUCUCUUAAAACCAGCAGAGGAGCAGUUGAAACAAUGGGAAACACAGCCAGGCUUCUAUUCAGUGCUGCUGAAUAUUUUCACAAAUCACGAUUUGGAUGUUAAUGUAAGGUGGCUUGCUGUGCUGUAUUUUAAAAAUGGAAUUGAUCGUUACUGGAGACGUGUAGCACCUCAUGCUCUCUCAGAGGAGGAGAAAUCUACAUUGCGGGCAGGGCUAAUCACCAACUUCAAUGAACCAAUAAAUCAGAUUGCAACUCAGAUUGCAGUACUCAUUGCCAAAGUUGCUCGAUUGGACUGUCCCAGACAGUGGCCUGAACUGAUUCCCAUUCUUAUAGAAUCUGUGAAAGUCCAAGAUGAUCUUCGACAGCACAGAGCUUUACUUACCUUCUAUCAUGUCACCAAGACUCUGGCCUCUAAACGUCUGGCUGCUGAUAGAAAACUGUUUUCUGAUUUAGCUUCUGGAAUUUAUAAUUUUGCCUGCUCUCUGUGGAAUCACCACACAGACACAUUCCUUCAUCAUGUUUCUUCUGGCAAUGAAGCUGCAGCUCUAAAUUCACUAGAACGAACUCUACUAUCAUUGAAAGUUCUGCGUAAGUUAACUGUUAAUGGAUUUGUGGAACCUCAUAGGAAUAUGGAGGUGAUGGGUUUUUUACAUGGAAUAUUUGAUCGUCUGAAACAAUUUCUGGAAUGCAGUAGAAAUGUAGAUACAGAUACUGUAUUUAGAGAUAAACUGGAAAAGACCAUUAUUCUUUUUACGAAAGUGCUUUUGGACUUUUUGGAUCAGCAUCCCUUUUCAUUUACUCCUCUAAUUCAGAGAUCUCUGGAAUUUUCUGUGAGCUAUGUAUUUACAGAAGUUGGUGAAGGGGUUACAUUUGAACGAUUCAUUGUCCAAUGCAUGAAUCUGAUUAAGAUGAUUGUCAAAAAUUAUGCUUAUAAGCCAUCCAAAAAUUUUGAAGAUAGCAGCCCUGAAACCCUUGAAGCUCAUAAGAUUAAGAUGGCAUUCUUCACAUAUCCCACUUUGACAGAGAUUUGUAGAAGAUUAGUCUCUCAUUAUUUUCUGUUAACUGAAGAAGAAUUGACAAUGUGGGAAGAAGACCCAGAAGGCUUUACAGUGGAAGAAACAGGAGGGGAUUCUUGGAAAUACAGUUUGAGGCCUUGCACUGAAGUACUGUUUAUAGAUAUAUUCCAUGAAUAUAAUCAGACUCUUACUCCUGUACUUCUAGAAAUGAUGCAAAGACUUCAAGGGCCCACUAAUGUGGAAGAUAUGAAUGCACUAUUAAUCAAAGAUGCUGUGUAUAAUGCUGUUGGAUUAGCGGCUUUUGAGCUGUUUGACAGUGUUGAUUUUGAUCAGUGGUUUAAAAACCAGCUUCUUCCAGAAUUACAAGUCACUCACAAUAGGUAUAAGCCAUUGCGACGCAGGGUGAUUUGGCUCAUUGGUCAGUGGGUUUCUGUGAAAUUCAAGUCUGACUUAAGACCCAUGUUAUAUGAGGCAAUUUGUAACUUGCUUCAAGACCAAGACUUAGUGGUCCGUAUUGAAACAGCUACAACCCUGAAGUUAACUGUUGAUGAUUUUGAGUUUAGAACAGAUCAGUUUCUACCGUAUUUGGAAACCAUGUUCACGCUACUUUUUCAGUUACUGCAGCAAGUUACAGAAUGUGACACAAAGAUGCAUGUUUUACAUGUCCUUUCUUGUGUGAUUGAAAGAGUCAACAUGCAGAUACGGCCGUAUGUAGGAUGUUUGGUGCAGUAUUUGCCUCUUCUGUGGAAGCAGAGUGAAGAACACAAUAUGUUGAGAUGUGCUAUCCUGACAACGCUUAUUCAUCUUGUUCAGGGAUUAGGAGCAGACAGCAAGAACCUGUACCCUUUCCUGCUUCCAGUUAUUCAACUGAGUACAGAUGUUUCCCAGCCUCCACAUGUUUAUCUUCUGGAAGAUGGUUUAGAAUUAUGGUUAGUGACUUUGGAAAACAGCCCAUGCAUUACACCAGAGUUGCUUCGUAUAUUUCAGAACAUGCCACCACUUCUUGAACAAAGUUCAGAAAAUCUCAGAACCUGCUUUAAGAUCAUCAAUGGUUAUAUCUUUUUGUCAUCAACAGAAUUUUUACAGACAUAUGCAGCAGGUCUGUGUCAGUCCUUUUGUGAGCUGCUAAGUGACAUUACUACAGAAGGUCAAGUUCAAGUGCUCAAGGUUGUGGAAAAUGCCCUUAAAGUGAACCCAGUAUUAGGCUCGCAAAUGUUUCAACCGAUUCUACCCUGUGUUUUCAGAGGUAUUAUAGAAGGGGAGAGGUAUCCUGUAGUGAUGUCAACAUAUCUCGGAGUUAUGGGUCGAGUCCUGCUACAAAACACGAGUUUCUUUUCUUCACUUCUUACUGUGAUGGCACAUAAAUGUAAUCAGGAGAUGGAUCAGCUCAUGGGGAAUAUGAUUGAAAUGUGGGUUGAUCGUAUGGAUAACAUUACUCAGCCUGAAAGAAGAAAACUUUCAGCUUUGGCUUUGCUUUCUCUUCUGCCAUCUGAUAAUAGUGUUAUCCAAGAUAAAUUCUGUGGAAUUAUAAACAUUGCAGUGGAGGGCCUCCAUGAUGUCAUGACGGAAGAUCCUGAGACAGGAACACAUAAAGACUGCAUGUUGAUGUCUCAUCUUGAAGAACCAAAAGCAACAGAAGAUGAAGAACCACCCACAGAACAGGAUAAGAGGAAAAAAAUGCUGGCCCUGAAGGACCCGGUGCACUCUGUGUCCUUGCAGCAGUUCACCUACGAGAAGCUCAAGGCACAGCAGGAACUCCUGGGCGAGCAGGGCUUCCAGUCCCUCAUGGAAACGGUGGACACGGAGAUCGUCACCCAGCUCCAGGAGUUCCUGCAGGGCUUCUGAGAGCACAGGACUCUGGCUGCCCCGCUCCUGCAGCCAGCCAGGGAACCCACCUGCCAUCUGUGAGCGCCUGCUGAGACACAAGGAGAGCCUGUGUGUGAACAGAAGCAAAGACCACACUUUUUUUUUACUACAGAAUGCAGUGACUGAAUGUAAAUCCCACAUAACUAAAACCACAGACCUAUUCCUCAAAAGAAUUUAAUUUUAUAUUUAUGAGGGGCCCUGUGUGUACUAGAGAUAGAUUUGAUGGUAUAGCUGCUUAGUUUCCUGAUAAGAGAAGAAACUAUUGGAUUACCUUUAAUCAUGUGCUCUUAAUGUUUGUGAAGAUGAAAGUUAAUGUCAGAUGUUUUUCUGCAACCAAAAUUAGUAAAAUUUGGCUGCCUUAUCUCUUUUUUAAGCUAAUGACACUACUAGUUUGAGAAAUGACAAAGCUGUUCAGAUGCAAUUAAAGAAAUGAGUGCACCAGGCAAAACUAUAUAAAUAGUAACAAAUACACAUUACUAGAUUACCUUGCAAGGGAGUUGCUUUCAUCUGACAUAGAAAACAUGUUUUAUCAAAUGAAUGCUUUUAUUUUUAUUCUAGUAAUUUGAUAUCAUAAUUAGUAAAGGUAUUUUUUCUCAUUUUGUGUUCAAUAAUUACAUUUAGUCUUUACUCAUUGUAAGGCCUCAGAAGUGAACCUGUGGUACUGCAGUACCAGGUGGGAGACCUCGGGUCAGGAUUUGGUCCUCGUUCCUUUGUUCCUCCAGAGGCCCAGGGGCACCAAGAAGACCGAGGUGGCUAGACCCAUGAUGCAGAGCGCCUGUUCCCACUCACCCAUCCCAGGCUCCUCAGGCGCAGGGCUGCCUCACGGCCGCAGUAAGGUGGGUGCCCUGGGGGACCAGCAGCAGUCCCGGGUGCCAACACUGAUGUGACAAGUCUUCCUUGUUCCUCCAACCUGCAGCACCCCAAAAGGGGAAACGGGAGAAGAUACAGCCUUACUUUGUCUUACUUGCCACUUAUUAUUAGGAACUUUUAACGCGUUUGUAAGGAAGCACUCAGAAACACUGUUGGGAAAUGUCUGGUCUUUCUGUGGAGAGUUGGUACAGCGUGUCACUGCAGGGGAGUGCUGCCCUUCUGUGAGCUGCGGAACCCAGAAUGUAUGUAAGUGUUGGGUGUUUUCAACAAGAGAAAGAAAAUAUGGUCCAAAUUAAAUUUUCCAAAGAUA